GGUGGCUAGCGGCCGAUAGACGAAAGAGACUAAUGUUUAAAGAGCGCUAAGCCUAUCACAACAAGCCUCGCUCCUAAUAUACAACCUGCCUCUGAAGCAACACAAACAAGGACCAUUUGGGAAUCCUCCUCCUUUAACAGCAGCUGUGGGUCUCUGCAGAGCUGAGCCAUGGGUGCCUUCCUGGACAAGCCCAAAACAGAGAAGCACAACGCCCACGGUGAAGGAAACGGCAUCCGCUAUGGGCUGAGCUCCAUGCAGGGCUGGCGAGUGGAGAUGGAGGAUGCUCACACGGCCGCGCUGGGACUGCCUGCACACGGCUUGACAGACUGGUCGUUUUUUGCCGUCUACGAUGGCCAUGCGGGCUCCAGGGUUGCCAACUACUGCUCCAAGCACCUUCUGGAGCACAUAAUCAGUGCCAGUUUCGGGGCUGGAGGGCAGCAGAGCUCACUGGCCGGUUCAGAGAGCACUACAGAUGCCCCUCCGGCAGAGGUUGCCCCCACUGUGGAGGCUGUGAAAGCUGGCAUCCGGACAGGCUUCCUGAGGAUUGAUGAGCACAUGCGCAGCUUCUCUGACAUGCGCAACGGCAUGGACCGAAGUGGCUCCACAGCCGUGGGUGUCCUCCUGUCUCCCGAGCAUUUCUUUUUCAUGAACUGCGGUGACUCUCGAGCUGUUUUGUACCGAAAUACCCAAGUGUGCUUCUCCACGCAUGACCACAAGCCUUGCAACCCUCGCGAGAGGGAGCGUAUCCAGAACGCCGGCGGCUCUGUCAUGAUCCAGAGGGUGAACGGGUCGCUGGCUGUCUCCCGAGCCUUGGGGGACUACGACUACAAGUGCGUCGUUGGCAGGGGCCCCACCGAGCAGCUGGUGAGCCCCGAGCCAGAGGUUUAUGAGAUUGUUCGGACUCCUGAGCAAGAUCAGUUUGUUAUCCUGGCAUGCGACGGAAUCUGGGAUGUCAUGUCCAAUGAGGAGCUUUGCGAGUUUGUCAAAUCAAGGCUUGAGGUAUCUGAUGACCUGGAGCGAGUCUGCAAUGAAGUGGUGGACACCUGCCUGCACAAGGGGAGCCGGGAUAACAUGAGUGUUGUGUUAGUGUGUUUGCCCAACACUCCCAAAGUGUCGGAGGAAGCUGUGAGGAGAGAUUCAGAGCUCAACCAGUACCUGGAGUCUCGUGUGGAAGCGUUGCUGUCCCGGCCGGCCGACGAGGGCUUUCCCGACCUGGUGACGGUGAUGAGGAACUUGUCCGCUGACAGCGGCAUGCCGGCUCUGCCACCAGGGGGAGGCCUUGCCAGCAAACAAAGCGUUAUUGAAGCGGUGUACAACAGUCUAAGUCCAUACAGAGAAGAAGAAGGGCCAUCCUGUUUCAUUUGUCUUGCAGGCAUGUCGACCGGCCACCUUCUCUGUCGACUCCCCUCCUCCCAUCCGUGUCUACUCAACACUAGCAUGCAGAGGCACGUCUUGUAUGCUGACAACGGACUGUCCCUCUCCGCCCCUUAUGUGCUGUGCGCUCUGACAUGCAUGCACUGCCCCUCUUAUGGCAGGCUCUUCAACUGCACACACGCAUACAACAGCAGCAGCAGUCCUUGUCUCUUGUCACUUCCUGUCAACAAGACCAACGUCCUUCAGCCUCUUCUGCAGGCCCGAGACAAUUGAAAGUUUGUCCCGCCUGCUUUAAUUUUUAUUUUGUGUUCAGGUUGCUCACUGGAAGCAUCUCCUCAUAAUAACCAAACAAUAACUGUCUUUUCCUCCCUCUGUCCCUAAUUUGACUUCUUUCUCUUCUGUUUUUCACACUUCACUGUUGGCGGCUGUCCUCUCCCAGAGCACCACCGACUUGGAGUGUCACUGGUAGAAGUUCCUGAUCUGCCUGGUGGAAAAAAAAAAAAAAAAGGGGGGGGGGUGUGGGGGGCGGGGGGGAAGGACCAGGAUCGAAACUUUGUCUCACCCACCCCCCCUUUCCGGUAUCUUGACUCUUUCCCCCAUUGAGAAUUCUCAAUAGACCUGGGAUUCAAAAUGGGAGGGUUAUGAUAAAGGCCUCAAGAAAGCACACUUCUUCUUUUUGCCAGUUAACUGAAACUCUUUAUGCGCCGAAGCCCCGCCACCGCCCACUUCUUAAGGACCAUUAAAAAAAGUGAGAACAUGUCUGUCAACCAUUUCCAAAGCUUCUGGACACUCCUGACCAGACUGAUGGUCUCCACUCGCUUGAAACACUAAAAAUUAUUUGCCUGAAAACCACUUAAUGGACUUUUAAAAGCCGUUAUUUUUUGCCACUAAGUCCAAAGACUGCCUGCCACACCUGAUCACAUGGGGACGGUCACAACUGGGACAGAGUUCAAAAUUCUUCCUGUGCAGUCCCAAAUGUCAGGCAGGUCUGUUUUUAAAUGUGGUGAAUCCUUUUUGCACGCGUUUCCUCAACUCGCCACUUUGAUAUUCAUAAGACCCAACUCGCUUUGUUGUCAUAUGUAGGAUAACUGUCGUCAAGAAUAAUUUGUCAAAUUCUGAAUAAUAUACAGAGAUAUCUGUAUUUUGACUUCAUCUUCAAACCCAGCCUCGUGGCCUACUCUGUGCGUAUGUGAUUUGUUUUUGUGCAUACGUGCUACUCUAAUUGUGUUAUUGAACACGAACGCACGACAUUCCAAAGAGGGUGUAUGUGAGGGAAAAGGAGAUCCAGCCUCACCUUUUUGACACACACUCGAUCCUACUUGUGCUGCCACUUCCCUUUUUGUGAGUUGUAAAGUCAAUAAACAAUGCCAAAAUAUGAGUUUACCUUCCAAAAAUCAGUUUUAUUUGUGCUGCGAAGCAUCCCGGUUAUGUUCUCAUUCCAGAGUGAAAAUAUGUUGGGAUGAUGAUGAUUAGUUGUAUGGGAAUUUACAAUUUAAACCUUGAUGUAGGGAAGGUUGUUAAUUGUAUUGUUUAUUUUUAUUUUUUUAAACUGCGACCCUAGUGAGGAUAAGCGGUAUGGAAAAUGGAUGGAUAGUUUUCUUUUUUGUGUCAAGAUGUGUUAAAAUGUUAUGGUACAUAAACCUGCAACUAUUAAUACUUUUUACUUUUGGAGUAUUCAACACAUUCCAAGAAAUAUACUUAAAUGCUAUAACGUUGUCGUCCAAAGGGGGGGGGGGAUGAAAAAUCUCUAACCUUUUUUAUUUUUCCCCUCUCCAUCUUUUUAUGUUUUGAAAUAGGAAAUCAACUCGUAAUAUCUUGGACAUACUGUACAUCCUUUUCAUUGGACAGUUGUAGGAUAUGUUAAACAUUUUUUUAAUGAGAUUCAAAAAAAACAAUUUAAUACUUUUUUGUUGUGGUUUAAAAGUCAUUUUUGUAAAAUAUCUGAUUAAAUUAUUGAGAAGCUUAUUUAUGACGUGAAAAUACAUUUUCACUAUCUGGUCAUCCUCAGAAGGUUUUUUCAUUUUAGCCGAUGAUACCAAUAUAGGAUGAAGUUACAGCAACGAAAGCAGAUGGAGCGCAAUAUUCCUGUAGUAUUCUAUUUCAUUACACAUUAUUUGAGUUGAAUUGAGUCUUGGAAUGAAUAGAUUUGUAUUAUUUUCAGAGUAGCACAUCAUCACUUUUAACUUAUUCUAAGAUGGCUGGUAGUCAGAAAUGGUCCCACAGAUGCAUGCUUGUAUAUCACAAGGUUUUAUCAGGGAGAUAAAUGAACCCAAGCUCCUUUUGUUGGCACCUUCUACAGCUCGACACUGUAUGAUGAGAGACAUGUUUACAAGUAGCAGUGUUUCUGGGUGUGCAACACAUUUACCACCAAUCACCUAGUCCACCUGUACCUGAUGUUGUGACUGUAAACAUCAAUUAAAAGAUUGGAUUUUAAACCCAAUGGAGUAGCCAUUGUUUUCUGUUUGUUGCUAUUAAAGGAAAUUAACAGAAACUCCCUUUUUGCCACCUUCUCACCAAUCCCAGGCCCUCCUGUACCUGAUAUUGUGACUGUAUAUGUCAAUAAAAAUAUUUGAUUUCAAACCCAAUGGAGCAGCUAUUGCUUUUGUCUGUUGCAAUGAAACAAAAUGAACCCAAACGCUCCAUGUUGCCACCUUUGGCAUCUGUACAUUAUUUCUCAUUGUUUUGUAUGAUGAAAGACAAGAAUAAGUUUAUAAAUUCCUGUGCAUUUAGGCUAAACACCCACCGAUCCCGGGGGUCCUCCUGUACCUCAUAUUUUGACUAUAAAUGUCAAUAAAAACAUUGUUUUAAACCCUG